GACAAAGAGAGACUAAGAAAGAACUAAAAUAUUUUGCUUCAUCUAAUUACUUUUUUUUUUGGAUUUAAUUCUCAGCCAUCGCCGCCGUUUUCGGCGGUGUAAAAGAUGAAGAACCGUAGGAAACGCGGUGGUUUAAGCGGUGGCGACGUCGUUGUUUCAUGGAGAAGAUUUUUCCGAUUUGUUUCUUUGUUCGUCUUCUCCUUCGUUCUCUUCUCUGCUUUGUUCAUCUUCUUAGGUAAAUUUCGACCGGUGGUGCGGUCAUCGGUCAACGCAGUUCUCCGUGGUUCUGUACCGGCGGUUAAGGUGGUGACAAUCCAUGAAGCAGUUGAGUUUCCCGACCAAACAUUGAUUUUCCUAAAAUACCCUCCAUCUUCUCGGUUAUUUACAAAAGAGGACCUCUUUUGCGUUUUCUCCGACGUAAACGAUUCGUCUAAACUAUUUAAAGAGCUUCCGUUCGCGGUGGAAACCGACGAAUACGGCCGUCAGAUGGUACGGUGCUCCGCCGUGCCGCGUGGCAAUACCAUAUCCCUCGCCGUUUCGAGAUGGACGGUUGAAGAUAAUAAUCUCCAAGUAGGGCUCACACACCGAUGGGAUUGGCUGGUGUACGACGCCGUGAUCGACGACGACAAUUCCACGGUGGUUUUUGUCAAGGGGCUUAAUCUACGGCCAGGAAAGGUUGCUGACGUGUCGAGAUAUGAGUGCGUGUACGGUUGGGAUUUUACGAAGCCUAAACUUUUGCUUAGAGCACAAGUUAUCUCUGCGGCCCAAGAGAUCGUACGAUGCAAAACGCCACUAACAGUAUUAGACGGCCCAAGAAAGGCCCAAUCUCAACCGGUGAAAGUUUCUGUGAGGAUCAAAGGAAGUGGGAUGCUUCCUUCUGUUGCCCACCCAAUUAAACGUCCGGGUCAGGUCAAAGACACGAAAACGUUUGAGACGUGCGUUUGCACCAUGACACGAAACGCAGCAAACGUUUUAAGAGAAUGGGUGAUGUACCACGCCGGAAUCGGCGUUCAACGGUGGUUCAUCUACGACAACAACAGUGGCGACGACAUUGUUUCCGAGAUCAAGAAUCUAGAAAAUCGCGGUUACAACAUCUCGAGACAUUUUUGGCCGUGGAUCAAAACUCAAGAAGCAGGAUUCGCCAAUUGCGCGAUUCGAGCAAAGAGCGAUUGCGAUUGGGUCGCGUUUAUCGACGUCGACGAGUUCUUUUACAUCCCCUCUGGUCAAACCCUAACCGACGUAAUCAGAAAUCACACAACAACACCGUCAUCGUCCGGCGAGAUCGGUGAAAUUCGAACGCCGUGUCACAGUUUCGGACCGUCGGGACUUAGCGAUCCACCGCGCGGUGGAGUCACAGCGGCGUAUACGUGUCGUAUGGCGUUACCGGAGAGACACAAGAGCAUAAUUAGACCGGAAUCGCUAAACGCGACGCUGAUAAACGUCGUGCAUCAUUUUCACUUAAAAGAAGGAUUCGCGUUCGCUGACGUGGAUAAAGGUAUGAUGGUAAUUAACCACUAUAAAUAUCAGGUUUGGGAGAUAUUUAAAGAGAAGUUUAAAAGGAGAGUGGCGACUUACGUGGCGGAUUGGCAAAACGAAGAGAAUGUCGGGUCGAAAGAUCGGGCACCCGGAUUAGGGACCCGACCCGUUGAGCCGUCUGAUUGGGCUGAAAGGUUUUGUGAAGUGAGAGAUAUUGGGCUUAGGGAUUGGGUGUUGGAUAAUUUCAGGGACCGUAAAACACAGCGUUUAGUAUGGGAGAGAGAAGCGAGGAGAGUGGAAGAUGAAGUUAUAGUUCAAAUGGGCUCAUGGGCCGAUAAAAGGAUCGCUGUGGUUUGCCUAUUGGCGACCAUCGCCGUUGUGUCCGCCCAUGAGGGUCACCACCACCAUGCUCCCGCUCCAGCACCAGGACCCGCAUCUAGCUCAGCCGUUGUUUCGGCCACCAAUUUGUUCACCGUCUUGGCUAUUGCCGCCGUGGCUCUCGUCGUUGGUUCCAACCACUAAGUUGGUUAUUACAUUCGUCGUUUUGUUUCAGUUUCUAUGAAUUGUUCUCUUGACUUUUAAUAUUUUUUGAAAAUUUCUCAUUUGUUUUAUAACUCUCUCCAUGUUGAUCUGAUUUCUUGAAUAAAAUAAAAGUUUAUUG